GCUCCAUUGUUUGGAUAAAUUUAUGGGCAAAAACUCGAUAUACCCAGUAAACUGGUAAGAAAACUCCAUCUACCCAGUCGGCGGGUAACCCUCCUUUGGAAAGGUUAACGAGCCAAUGAGAGGCGUACUCUCAUUUGAGAGUACAUGCUCUCAUAUGGCCUUUUUGAAGCAAUUGAGCUGGCAAUAUACCAGCUCAAUUGCACGGCUCCCUCCCUCCUCCGACCCCCUCGAAACCCCCCUCGAAAGCCCUCGCGCGAGGCACAAACUCCCCCGCCUCCCCCGCCCCUGCCUCCUAGCCGAACUCGCUGCCCCUGUCGACGGUAGCAAGUUCCUAGACUUGGACGCUUGGUCCCGCGCCCUGGACGACUGGGCCGUCAAGGAGAAGUUCUCCUGGCGGCUCCAGAGGAGGGACAAAGACGGGGCAACUGCCGUUUGUCCCGAGGAGGGCUGUGCCUGGCGUGUCCAAGCCAGCCCCGAUGACGAGCUUCCAUUGCUCGUCGUCGGGGCUGGCUCGGACAUGCUAGGCACAUAUGAGAACGGGGGGAGUUUCUAGAUUGGGCUUGGGCGGGUCACGUGGGAUGGAACUGGGUAUAUAGAAUUUAUUUAUUGUUUUACUG